GAUCCGGUGACUCGGGUCUGCCUCUCGACCGCGCCGAAUCGCUCGCGAGCGGGAUCGUUCGAUCGAUCGAUCGAUCCUGGACAAUCCGCUCCCGAAGUUUCUCGACUAGCCGACUGUGGGACCCGCUCUCGUUGACAUGAUCCCCGCCUAGAUUUUUUAAAGCCCAUGCAGGGUGGAGGGUGGAGGGCUUCGCGGAUCGGACGAUCGGUCGCCGGUGAUCGAUCGAUCGAUUGGCGUUCGAUUAUGCAAAGGGCGCGGUGAGGGGCCGGCCGAUCGCGGCGUGUCGAUUGGUCCAGGCUCGGGUGUCAAGAUGACUUUUCUGGCCAGGGCGAUCAGCUGAUGAAGAGGGCCGCCUAAGUCCUCCACGUGGCGGCCAUGUUGGAGAACGCCACCCUUCUUGGCAAUGACUCGUCUAUGGACGAUGUCUCGUUCGGGGGUGUCACGGCUAUCGCCACCGCCGUCACCCUCGGAUUGCUCAUCCUCGCCACCGUCAUAGGCAACGUGUUCGUGAUAGCGGCGAUAUUGCUCGAGAGAAAUCUCCAAUCAGUGGCGAAUUACUUGAUCGUGAGCCUGGCUGUAGCCGACCUUAUGGUCGCGUGUCUCGUGAUGCCUCUGGGUGCUGUUUACGAGAUUAACUCGGGAUGGUCCCUGGGGCCAGAGCUCUGCGACAUGUGGACCAGCAGUGACGUCCUCUGCUGUACAGCCUCCAUAUUGCAUCUGGUGGCCAUCGCGGUCGACAGAUUCUGGGCCGUCACCGAUCUCAACUACAUACAGGCAAGAAAUCCGAGACGGAUCGGCAUCCUGGUGGUGGCGGUGUGGGUGGUGUCCCUAGGGGUGUCCCUAGCGCCCCAGCUGGGGUGGAAGGACCCCGGAUAUUUGGAUCGCAUCGCCGAGGGAAAGUGUCUGGUGUCCCAGGACCCGACUUACCAGAUAUUCGCGACGUGCGCGACGUUUUACGUCCCCCUCCUGGCGAUCCUGUUCCUCUACUGGAGGAUAUUCCAGGCAGCCAGGAGACGCAUCAGGAAGAGGCCCGGCACCAUCGUGCAGCCUCCACGGGAGAGGAGGAGGAUCCUCAGGCUGGUCACCAGAAGGCCAAGGGAGGAGUCCACGGCGUUCACCAUAACCAGAUCAACCCCAGACCACUCAUCCGUGUCACCAGAGAAGUCCUCGUCCUACAAUGGCGCAAACGCCCCGUCGACGACCUCGGUCCUGUCGACGACGACGACGACGACGACCACCACCACCACGACGACGACCAUCAGCAGCGCGACUACAACGACGGUGACGAAGAAAACGCGCGAGACGAUCGAGGCGAAGCGGGAACGGAAGGCCAGGAAAACAUUGGCCAUCAUCACCGGUGCCUUCGUGGUCUGUUGGCUGCCCUUCUUCCUGGCGGCCCUUCUUCAGGCCCUGUAUCCACCCCUCGAGCCUCCCGACUUCGUGGCCAGCCUGUUCCUGUGGCUGGGGUAUUUCAACAGCACCCUGAACCCGGUCAUCUACACGAUCUUCUCCCCAGAGUUCAGGCAGGCCUUCAAGAGGAUGCUCUGUGGAGGUGGACGCGCCGCCCGCUGACGAUGGGUUUAAAAGACGUCUAGGUCCAGGGGAUUUCCCUCAGGGAGGUCAUAGGCGGGGAUUCCCCCACCAGGGACUGGGGAAAACGAGAUCGUGCCGAUGGAUCUCGGGAAAAGUGGAGGAAAGUCGAAGAUUCUCCCGGUGGUCGAAGGAGAGAGGCAAUAGGGAUUCUUGGGGUGGAGCUAGGGAUUUUUGGUUUUCACAGGGAUUUCCCAUCGCCUGGUUUUCGAGUGGAUUUCCAGGUUCGGCGUGGCCGGAAAUGGAGACUAGGGAAUCUAGGAAAGGGUUUCAACUGAUUUUCGGACUUCUCGUGUGUCGUCGGCGACGGUGGCUAGGGACCCUAGGGCUGUUCAAGGGGCCCGGGCAAAUUGAAGCCCGACGCGUUCCUUAGCGGAAUAAAAUUUUAUUAAGUAAUAUUGCUUCGGGGCGGUAAAGCCGGGGUAUUAAAAAGCGAGGUACGCCGAGUUACGGGCCUUUUUACGGGCCCAUUAUGGACCUCCGCUGGACGUAUGCAGAGGGUCUGGGGGAAACGGUGACGCGCCACGUCCCACGGUAAAAUAAAACUUUAUUAACAAGUGCCAUUUUAGUACCGAAGAUGAAUACGAAGGGGAGAAUUCUGCGACGACUUAAUGUCCCCUCACGGACGUCUUAUGGGCCUCUAAUGGACGCGAGAAGACACCCCACGGACUCCUAGGGGGCCUAGGGGAAAUUCGAAUACUGUGUUCCACCGUGAAGUAACCUUUUAAUGACUACACCCCAUCCCGGGGAGAAUGACGAAUUCCAGCCUACUCCGUUCCCACGGGCGUCCACUUCGCGUCCACUCUAGGGAUAUCGAAGGACCUAGGGGAAACGAGCCAGGGAUGCCAAUCGCGGCGCUGCCUUACGAGACACCGUAACCUCUCGCGCGUCGCGAAAGGAGCGGUUUCGAAAAGCCUAGGGGAAAUUGGCAUACGA